AUGUGUCUGCCAUAUCUAGUCAUGUGUCUGCCAGAUCUGAUCAUGCGUCUGCCAGAUCUAGUCGUGUGUCUGUCAGAUCUGGUUAUGUGUCUGCCAGAUGUAGUCACGUGUCUGCCAGAUCUGGUCAUGUGUCUGCCAGAUUUGGUCAUGUGUCUGCCAGAUCUAGUCAUGUGUCUGCCAUAUCAAGUCAUGUGUCUGCCAGAUCUAGUCAUGUGUCUGCCAGAUCUGGUCAUGUGUCUGCCAGAUCUAGUCGUGUGUCUGCCAGAUCUGGUUAUGUGUCUUCCAGAUUUGUUCAAGUGUUUGCCAGAUCUGGUCAAUUGUCUGCCAGAUCUAGUCAUGUGUCUGCCAGAUCUAGUCAUGUGUCUGCCAGAUCUUGUCAUGUGUCUGCUAGAUCUAGUCAUGUGUCUGCCAGGUCUAGUCAUGUACAUGCCAGAUCUAAUCACGUGUCUGCAAGAUCUGUUCAUUUGUCUGCCAGAUCUAGUCAUGUGUCUGCUAGAUCUAGUCAUGUGUCUGCCAGAUCUAGUCAUGUGUCUGCCAGAUCUAUUCACGUAUCUGCAAGAUCUGGUGAUUUUUCUGCCAGAUCUAGUCAUGUGUCUGCCAGAUCUUGUCAUAUGUCUGCCAGAUCUAGUCAUGUGUCUAACAGAUCUGGUCGUGUGUCUGCCAGAUCUGGUUAUGUGUCUUCCAGAUCUGUUCAAGUGUCUGCCAGAUCUGGUCAAUUGUCUGCCAGAUCUAGUCAUGUGUCUGCCAGAUCUAUUCAUGUGUCUGGCAGAUCUUGUCAUGUGUCUGCUAGAUCUAGUCUUGUGUCUGCCAGAUCUAGUCAUGUGUCUGCCAGAUCUGGUCAUAUGUCUACCAUAUCUGGUCAUGUAUCUGCCAGAUCUAGUCAUGUGUCUACCAGAUCUUGUCAUGUGUCUGCCAGAUCUAGUCAUUUGUCUGCCAUAUGUAGUCAUGUGUCUGCCAGAUCUCGUCAUGUGUCUGCCAGAUCUGGUCAUGUAUCUGCCAGACCUAGUCAUAUGA